CACUGGCUCGCCGUGACUGGGGACAUUCCAUUCUUUAGCUUUGAGGCAACUCAGCUUCUGCAUCCCAGAGGGGAAACUGAAGCAGAGGGCUGUUGCUCUCUCACCCCGUUCGUUCUCCAGCACCAGGAUAAGACUGAUUAGCCACAUGUGUCAGCUGGUACCGUGGCCUGGGCCCCUCAUCAGCAAGAUGAAAGUGUGGUUAGGAACUAGUGUCUGGCCUGCCGUCCCCAGCACUGCCAGGCUUGGCCUCCUGAGGCCCUCGGGUGCCACCUGGCCCCUGACUGCAGCCCCUGGUGGUGUGGCUUUGGGAGUGACCUGCCUGGGUUCUGUGUCUGAGGUCAGUGAGGCCAGCAGACUCCAUUUUAGGUCUCCUUGGUGCCUGGGGGACAAGCCAGAGGCUGGAGGAGCCGCGUCCCUUCUUCCAGGCUGCGCACUUGUUCAGUGCCGGGUUCAAGGCAGAGCCGCACGGGAAGGAGAGGCCUCUGGCAGCAUCGUUUGCUGCUCCCCAGAGACAGACCUGGACCCCUCCCUCUGGGACUUCCAAUCUGGAUGGGGUUCCCGGCUCGCUGUGGGGCAUGUUGAGGCUGGAGACUGGGCUUGUGGGGCUGCACGGCCCUACCCAAGAGAACUCAGCACUGCCUGGACAGUGAGGCUCAGCUUCUGAGUUGAGGGCUCUAUCAGGCCUGGAAGUGGACCCGGGGAGGGGGAGGGCAGGGUAGUUCUGAGAAGUCCUAGGACUGUUUGCUUCCUGGUUCUGAGCCCCUGCGGCAGGGAGGAAAGGCCUGUCCAGAACAAUGGCCAGAACCAAGCCUGGCCAGCUCCCGGCCAGCUCUGGGGGUGUCAUCACUGCCAUGUGCAGGGGCCGAGCCCUGCGGGGCCGUGAGCCGGCCCUGCCUUUUGCUUCCUUCCCAGAUGCAGCCGCCUGUCCCGGGAGCCUGGACUGUGCCCUGAAGAGGCGGGCACGGUGUCCCCCUGGUGCACAUGCCUGUGGGCCCUGCCUUCAACCCUUCCAGGAGGACCAGCAAGGGCUCUGUGUGCCCAGGAUGCGCCGGCCUCCGGGUGGGGGCCGGCCCCAGCCCAGACUGGAAGAUGAGAUUGACUUCCUGGCCCAGGAGCUUGCCCGGAAGGAGUCUGGACACUCAACUCCGCCCCUGCCCAAGGCCCGACAGCGGCUCCCAGAGCCUGCCACCCUGGGCUUCUCAGCACGGGGACAGGGACUGGAGCUGGGCCUCCCCUCCACUCCAGGAACCCCCAUGCCCACGCCCCACACCUCCCUGGGCUCCCCUGUGUCAUCCGAGCCGGUGCACAUGUCACCCCUGGAGCCCCGGGGAGGGCACGGCGAUGGCCUCGCCCUCGUGCUGAUCCUGGCAUUCUGUGUGGCCGGCGUGGCUGCCCUCUCCGUAGCCUCUCUCUGCUGGUGCAGGCUGCAGCGUGAGAUCCGCCUGACCCAGAAGACUGACUACGCCGCUACAAAGUCCCCUGGCUCACCUGCAGCGCCCCGGAUCUCGCCUGGGGACCAGCGGCUGGCACACAGCGCGGAGAUGUACCACUACCAGCACCAGCGGCAGCAGAUGCUGUGCCUAGAGCGGCAUAAAGAGCCACCCAAGGAGCUGGACACGGCCUCCUCGGAUGAGGAGAAUGAGGACGGAGACUUCACGGUGUACGAGUGCCCGGGCCUGGCCCCAACCGGGGAAAUGGAGGUGCGCAACCCUCUAUUCGACCACGCCGCACUGUCCGCGCCCCUGCCGGCCCCCGGCUCACCGCCCGCGCUGCCAUGACCUGGAGGCAGACAGACGCCCACCUGCUCCCUGACCUCGAGACCCCCGGGGAGGGGCAGGGCCCGGAGCUUCCCACUAAAAACAUGUUUUGAUGCUGUGUGCUUGUGACUGGGCCUUGGGCUUCAGGCCCUGGGAUCCCUUGCCAGGGAGACCCCUAAACAUUUGUGCCAGGUGACUGCCUGGUCCCCUCCACCUCUCCUGUUCGGUUUGGACCCCCAAACUGGAGGGGCAGGGAGAACCGUGGAGCGCAGGAAUGGGUGGGGAAUUCUAGAGACAAAAGCCAAUUAAAGUCCAUUUCAGACCUGCGGCUUC